AUAGUUUACAUUUUUGGUUUGUUUUAUCAACCAGCGCUCCUCGUAGUAAACUUUCUUUCUUCGUUUCCAAGGGAACGCCUCUUGAUUACGACGCAUGCGCGACAAAUCUUCAACCUUUUCCGCGAACCUCAAAACACUUGUGCUUCCCCGUGUGGAUGUUUCUCAGCUGACAUUUGUUCGUCAAAUGAGGGCUUGUCAGGUGUUCAUACCUGCUGUGGUCGCUCUCGGAUUACUUGUCUCUCCUGUGUGUUGCCAAAAUGUGAACUCAAGUGAAAUUCGGACUCAGUUAAACGGCUCUGCCGCUGAUUUCGGGGCAUUCAGAAAGCAGUUUCACCGCACGUAUGAAGUAAGCAGCGAAGAAUUUAGUCGUCGUCAUCUCAGUUUUCAGAGAGCUACAAUACGGCACACCUAUCUGAACUCAUUUUCCACAGAAACACAGUCUGCCAAGUAUGGCAUCAACCGAUUCUCUGACCUUUCACAGGAGGAAUUCAGAGAUCUGUACCUGGGAGCAGUCUAUGAGAGAGCUCCUCUCUUCUCUGGACUGAGUGUAAAGGAGCUCCCAGACAAAUUUGACUGGAGGGACAAGGCAGCCGUGGCAGCAGUCCAGGACCAACAAGCAUGUGGGAGCUGUUGGGCUUUUAGUGUGGUUGGUGCCAUACAGUCUGUCCAUGCCAUAGGAGGCUCACAGCUGGAGCAGCUCAGUGUGCAGCAGGUUGUUGACUGCUCCUACCAAAACGCAGGCUGUAAUGGAGGCUCCACAACUCGGGCUCUGAACUGGUUAAAACAGACCAGAGUGAAGUUGGUGACUCAGUCCGAGUAUCCCUAUAAGGCCAAAACAGAAAUCUGCCAUUUUUUCUCCCAGUCACACGGCGGUGUUGCCAUAAAGAACUUUACAACACAUGACUUCAGUGGUCAAGAGAAGGCAAUGAUGGGUCAGCUAGUACAAUAUGGCCCUUUGGUUGCUAUUGUGGAUGCUGUAAGCUGGCAAGAUUACCUGGGAGGCAUCAUCCAACACCACUGCUCCAGCCAGUGGUCCAACCAUGCCAUUCUGAUUGUCGGCUAUGACACUACCGGGGAUAUUCCGUACUGGAUUGUGCAGAACUCCUGGGGAACAAGAUGGGGAAAUGAGGGCUAUGUUUAUAUAAAAAUAGGUGGUAACAUUUGUGGCAUUGCAGAUUCAGUGGCAGCUGUUUUUCUUUGACAACAAUGCCUGUAUGAGUCAUUGUGUGUGUGUGUGUGUGUGUGUGUGUGUUUGUGAGUGAAUAUCUGUGUGAUUACCAGUGCCAAAAUUCAAAUCAUUCAUCUGUUUGCUUUCGAGUACCACUUUAAAUGUUUUUAUUGAGAUGUAAGCACCACUAAAACCAAAUAAAUUACUUCAUACUGUUGGCAAGUGUUGAAUUUUAAUAGAACAAUAAAACACAUCACUGCAAAAAUACAAUAACAUGAAUUGUUCCAUCAUAUAAAACACAUCUUAUUAAAUACAUACAGAUAUAUGUCAUAGGUUAUAUGAGUCAUAAAUUUGGCUAUAAAGAUAUUUCAUUAAUCAGUGCAUAAAUACUUGACAAAAUUAAUUUAAAACUUUACAAAAACAACAACAACAUUAUGUACAAUUUUAUGGUUCAUAUUUAUUCAGUGCAAAUGGUUUUGUUUUAGACGUUGAUGUGUUUGGUUCAUUGGUUCAUCAUUUGCUGUACACCUUUAUGCACCCAAGACACAUCUGAGUAGUCUGAAAUGGCUCCCUCUAUGACACCAUCCCUGUGCUGAGAUGAAAGAUGAUCCAUUUUUGUAAAAACUCAUCAUCGCCACCAGCGUUGUCCUUGCACUCACAGUUUGAUCACUGCUCUCACUGAUCUGUUUGCUUUCAGGUCAAUCUCAGCCAAUUUACAUAAUUUUAUUGAGGAAACAUCUGAGCACCUCUUAUCAAGGAGCCAUCUGCAGUACUUUGUGGCUCACAGUCAAGAUUAAAGUAAAAUAGUCUUAAUUUGGCUGUUUAAAUAUUUGAUUUAUUAUCUGUCAGACAUUGCGUCAUAAGCCUGCAGCAUAAUUUAUCUUGAUUUUCUCUUGUUUGCUAAACAUUAAUAUGUACAAACGUAGUUACUUUGUUACGUUUACUGUUUUUGUGCAUUUAUGUGUGAUGCCAUGUAAAGACAUCACGCCUUCAAAUCAACCCGUCUGCGUUAUUCUUCACUCCAACAUCCAAUUCACCUAAUGUCAAAUUAAAAUACCACAUGACCUCGAAUUUCAUCUCACCUAGAUUUUAAAUCCUUCUUAAUAAUAUAUAGUUUUUGAUAAAACUGGCUAUAUGUUGAACUGUCUCCAUUCAUGAAAACACAUACACUUCAUAUUUCAGAGUUCUUUAAAGGUACACUGACAAGAUGCCAUGCAUUGUUUCUCAUAAA